AUGUCAUCUGUUCCAAGAGAAAAAUGGUGGCACAUCAAAUGGUUCUCUGAUGAGGAUACCAAAGAGGAGCGACGGCUCAUCACCAAGAUCGACAUGUUCCUUGUCCCCUAUUCCGUCCUCGCAUACUGGGUCAAAUACAUUGAUCAAUCUAACCUUAACAAUGCUUACGUCGCGGGAAUGAAGGAGGACCUUGGAUUCAGAGGCAAUGAGUUGGUCCAGCUACAGACUCUCUUCACUCUCGGAUCAGUCCUCGGCCAGAUACCUUUCCUUUUCAUCAUGACAUACGUCCCUAUUCACUGGCUUAUUCCAAUCUGCGACAUCCUCUGGGGCGUCUUCACACUUCUGCAAUACCGCGUACAUGGGUAUGCAGAACUUGCUGCGUACCGUUUCAUGAUUGGAUGGUUUGAAGCAGCCUUCUUCCCGGCCAUGCAUUACGUCUUUGGAUCUUGGUAUAGGGGUCAUGAGAUCGCUCGACGUGGUGGAAUCUUUUAUACCGGACUCGCUCUCGGCACUUUGACUGCAGGUCUUAUCCAAGCUGGUGCUUCUCAUCGACUCGAAGGCGUUCACGGCCUUGAGGGAUGGCGUUGGAUGUACAUAAUAUGCGCCAUCAUAACCAUACCCGUCGGUAUUAUCGGAUAUUUUGUUCUGCCUGGAACUGUCGACCAGCCCAACCGAUGGAUCGUUACGGACCAUGAUGUCGAAGUAUCACGUAAACGACUAGAAAAGCAUGGCCACGUCACCAAAGGCAAGAUGAAGUUCAAACACAUCACCAAAACCCUUCUCGGCUAUCGAUUCUGGCUCAUCGUCCUGACGGAUGCGCUCUUUUGGAAUGCUGGCAUUCACAAAUCCACUGGAUCAUUCUUGCUAUGGAUUAAGUCUCUCGGCAAUGGAAAACGCUACAGCAAAGCCCGCGUCAACGAGCUCGGAACCAUCGCACCCGCUCUCGGUAUUCCGUACACACUGUUUGCCUGCUUCGCAUCAGAUUUGUUGAUUGGUCCAGCGAAUGCAAUCACCAUGUGCUCGGUCUUCAAUGCAAUCGGCCUCGUUAUUCUCACCAUCUGGUCCGUUCCCGAAAAUGCACUUUGGUUCGCGUUCGCAACAAUGUACUGGUCAAACGCCCUGUCCAGUGUCUUUCACGGCUGGGUCAAUAAUCUUCUUAGAGACAGUCCCGAGGAAAGAAGUUUUACUUUGGUUCUGAUCAACCUUUUGUCCCAGUCCUCCACCGCUUGGACACCACUACUCACAUUCCCGACUGUCGAAUCGCCGAGAUUCCGGAAAGGAUUCUCUUUCUGUCUGGGCUGUGCAAUUGCUCUCAUCAUCUUUACUUGGGUCAUGUACUUUGCCCUUAAGUACGACAAGAAGAAGGAGGAAGGGACUUCCGAUGAGGAGUUCCAAAACAGCGCAUCAGGUUCGUCGAUUGACCAGGACCGACCUGUCGAGACAGAAGACAAGAUUUCUGCCCAUUGA